AGCACCGCUCCGCCCCCGGUUCGCCCCAGCGCGACGGGGAAUGGCGGCGGAGAACGAGGCGGAGCUGAGCCUUUUGGAGUGCCGGGUAUGCUUCGACCGGUACGGGCCCGGCGGGCAACGGCGGCCUCGGAACCUGCCCUGCGGUCACGUCCUCUGCCAGGCUUGCGUUGGGGCCCUGAGCGGUUCGGGGAGCCGGGGGCUGGAGUGUCCUUUCUGCCGGCGGGCCUGCCGUGCCGCCGAGACCAGCGACUGCCUGCCGCUGCUGCAGCUGCUGGAGGUGCUGGGCCCAGCCGGCGGAGGCGGCGUCCCCUCGGCCUUGGGGAGGAGCGGAGGGGCCGAAGGGCAGCUCCCCGCCGGCCUGGGGCUCCGGCUGGUCCUGGGGGGCUGGGGGUCGUUGGUGAACCCCACCGGGGUGGCGGCCUGCCGGAGGUCGGGGCGUCUGGCGGUGGCACACGACGGCAAGAAGAGGAUCCACGUCUUCGGGCCGAGCGGGGGAUGCCUGUGGCGGUUCGGGGAGCGGGGGGACGCCGGCAACGACGUCAAGUACCCGCUCGACGUGACGGUCACGUCGGACGGGUACGUGGCGGUCACCGACGGCGGGGACCGCUCCGUGAAGGCCUUCGAUUUUGAGGGAAGGGGGGUCCUGGCAGUCCGGGAAGGCUUCCGUUUGCCCUGGGGCUUGGAUGCCACCCCCGAGGGCGAAGUAAUCCUGACGGACUCGGAGGCGGGUGCUCUCUACCGCUUGACGGCCGACUUCAAGACGGGGAGAUUAAAGAAGUGUCGGAUGAUCCGGUCUCAGCUCGUCAGCCCGAGAGGGGUUGCCGUCUGCCAGACCUCGGGCGCUGUCGCGGUCAUAGAGCACCUGAAAGCUCAGGGACCGAACGGCGGCAGCACCCGAGUGAAGAUAUUCAGUGCAGAGAUGGAUCUCGUCGGCCAGGUGGAUAGCUUCGGCCUGAACCUCGUUUUCCCCUCCAGAAUAUAUGCUACGGCUGUGGCCUUUGACAAAGAGGGUCGCGUUAUAGUAACGGAUGUCUGUAGCCAGGCCGUGAUAUGCUUAGGGAACCCCAAGGAGUUUCCCAUCUUUAACCCUCUAAUUAGCCACGGGCUUUCUUAUCCUGUAGGACUGACUUACACGGCAAACGAUUCCCUCGUCGUUUUAGACAGCGGCGAUCAUUCAGUAAAAAUAUAUAGCUCCACCUGAAUGGGUUUAGAUGCUUACUGCUGUAGGUUCAAGCUGCUUUUGGCCGUGAAGCACGCAAAGUUCUGCUGUUAGUAGGCGUGUAGGGAGGAGGCAUUGUCUGGGCUGUACGUUAAGCGAAAUUGCCCUCUUUGAGCAACGUGCUGUGCUUCCUGGAAAGCUUACAUCGAAUCUUUUGCCUGUCCGGAGGGGAAGACCUGGCCGUUGCAGGCCGUAGUCAACAGUGAAUCAACCAAACAAAUAAUUUGGCAUUUUAAAACUGUUCCGUACCUUGACAGCCAAACGUUUUUGGUGCUUUUUGACAAGUAAUAACAAGGACGCUUGGAAUGGAAUAAACAAAGAAUGGCACCUGGGAGAGAAAGUGAUGCAGCGUUUGUUUACAUUUCCCAGAGCGUAGUUUUCAUUAUUCUUUGUUAAACACAGAUUCACUCAUGAGAGUGACAGAGUUUCUGUUUCCAGGAUUUCGGCACAAGAAGAGAGACUGGCUUGAUGAAACGAUAGGAGAAAUGGAAGCUUCAGUUCAAGAUCACCUGAAUCCAGCUAAGAUCAUUGCGAUGGAGGAGCUACCACUGAUGAGUGAGCACUAUAUGGGCAGUGAGUUGAGGAACUGAUGAAACCUGUUGAACUUAAUGCGAAUCUUCCUGUUGACUUCAAUAAGCAGCAGACGGAUCCAAGAUCUGUGCUGAGCUGACUUCCAUAUGUUUUAACAAACGCAAUUCCACCUCCUCUCUCAAGGCUUUGUCUCACUCAGCUGUGUUACAUGCUGACCUCCCGGUAGCAAUGACCAUUAAAGUUCCCAUGGUAACUUGAAACUAUUUCUUCCUCCGAAGUGAGAGGAGAUGGGGAACAGAGCUCCCUGCCCCCUGUUCUUCAGUGAGUGGAGCAAAGGGAUUAUCCUCUGCAGAAUGGUCGUGGAGUUAAGCAUAGCUAAAAUUGAGCGGCUCCUCUCACAGACGGGAACGUUUCACCAUGAUGGAGACGUGGCUGCGCCUGCCUCAGGGACAUUGGCUGUAAUCUUUCACCUCUGAUCCCAGAGUGUGAUCCACUCUCGGGCACCCAGGGUGGGUGUGGAGGCAGAGGUAGGGUCCUAGCAGAGGUUAGGAACCCAUCCAGGUAAAGCUAAACAGGUCAUUCAAAACAUAUGCCAAUUAGCCUGUAAGAACAGAUUUAGCCUGUUCACCACUGAAAGAGCCCGUGAGCCAACUCUGUUCAGAGCUGAGGUAGGUUUAAACUGCAGUGCCUGUUAAAAGCAAUGUACUAUGCAGGAAUCUAAAUACAUAGCUGUCAGCCACCUCAUGUAGCUUUGAGCAGCAUCUCUCAGGCAGGAUAAUGUUUAGGUGCAUAUAUUCUGCAUUUAUUCCCAACACUGGCAAUUAAAACUACUUCUUUUCUUUCUGAGUGUCAGAAAAGCAUUUGUCACCACAGCCCCUUUCUGGGCCCAGAGUGUUGCCAUAAAUACGCUGGACAUAGAGGACGAUUUUCAUGCCUCCAGCACAGCUUUGGAGACAGUCAAAACAGAUCUCUGAUAAGACAGAGGUGGCAAACAUCCAGCCUGACUAAUGUCCAGCUUGAAUUUGGAGCAAAAAGGAAAUGGAAAAGCAGCCUGAAAACUGCCCUCAGCUAGGUCACUGGGUAAAAUCCUGCUCUCAUGUACUCAGUUGUACAUGUCUGUCUCAACGUACCUGUCCGGUGGGGUUACUCACCAAGCCUAGUGAUGUGUGUAAGACAGAAAAUUGGUUCCCAGUGUACAAUUAUGGACAGGCACUUGCUUCCCUAGGUGCUCUCUAAAUGCAUUUUAUUCAAUCAAAAAUACAAGUUUAUGUGCAUAACAGGACACUCAUUUGUGGCCUCUCACAAAUAUAAAGUCGUAUUUUAUCCCACCCCUCCAAUAUGAAAUAUUUUUCCCUUCUAGAAUGUCCAGGCCUCCUUCCUAUAUGCUAAGUGCUAUUUUAAAAAAUCCACAAGUUAUUAUCCAUUCUUCUUUUUCACCAACAUCAGUGGAAAAUUUAUAAAUUAUUUUGUUAGAGCUAUGAUUUCUUCCUAUGAUUUUUCCUAACGUAAAUGUAAUAUGUUAGAUUAUUAGCCUUAAAAAUAUCUGUUGGUUUCAUUGUACAGUAUUUUUUCCUUUUACCUCUUUCUCUCAGACUGGAUGAUGCUGUAAUGUGUUUGGGUUGAAAAUAAAGUUUUGUUUUCUCUGUUAA